UGCACACGCAGCUUUGCCUGCUUUCGCUUUUGCCUGGCUGGGGCUGGCUUUGUGCUGCCUCCCUCUAUUCCCGGAGCUCGGCUACGGGAGUCCGCCUACCCCGGCGAGGAGGGCGGGUCACAGGCAGCAGGCCGCCCGGCUCGGGUGUCGCUCGUGGUUAGGGCGGGUCACAGGCCGCGGUAAUGUCGGACUAUGAGAUUUCAGUGCAGGCUCUCAAUGAGCUGCUGGCCAACGAUGGCGGCUUCUACUGCCUCCCCUCCCAGCACUUCAACGAGGUCUUCCCCCGGAUCUACGUGGGCAACGCGUUCAUUGCACAGAACAUCAUGAGGUUGCAGCGCCUUGGAAUCACUCACAUACUCAAUGCUGCAGAAGGGAAUUCAUUCAUGCACGUGAACACAAACACUGCCUUUUACAAUGGCACAGGCAUUACCUAUCAUGGUAUUAAAGCCAACGACAGACCAAAUUUUGACCUCAGCUCCUACUUUGAGGAAGCCUCUGACUUUAUCGAUAAAGCAUUAUCACAAAAAGAUGGUCGUGUGUUUGUCCACUGCCGCGAGGGUUACAGCCGCUCACCCACGUUGGUCAUAGCAUACCUCAUGCUUCGUCACAAGAUGGAUGUCAAAACUGCUGUUUCUACAGUGAGGCAAAAGAGAGAGAUUGGUCCCAAUGAUGGUUUUCUGAAGCAGCUUUGCCAGCUCAAUGAAAAGCUUUUGUCAGAGGGAAAACUCAAGUGUUGAUUACCCCAGAUCUGUAUCAUGUGUAUUAUAAGUACAUGUGUUCCUACAGGAGGCAUUGUUGACCUGCCAUGUACGCACAGUGAAGGUAUCCAUUAUAUGAGCUGAAGCAGUAUUUAUGAAAAUGCAGCCUGUUAUCUUUUUCACCACUGAGGUGUUUUCUCACUCCUAUGACUGGUCACAUUAACAUUAGUUAUAUUUCUGUCACAGCUUUUUAACCCGUUAGUAGUGUGUUUAUAUUAUUCUAACUAUGUCUGGUUUAUCGCGGGAGGGCACCCAGGUAAUUACUGGAGUAUGUGGAGUGCUGGUCUACUUCGAAUAUAUAUAGAUAUAGAUAUAUAUAGAUAGAUAUAUAGAUCUCUAAAUGUAAGUCGAUCUGAAAUGGAGCUUUAGAGUCUCUCUCCUUUCCAGUACUCUGUGGUGUAGUGGGGGGCAGGCUAGACUCCUUGUUUCAUCAUUGCACACGUCAGUGUCACUCACGCCCUAUACAAAAUACCACUCUGCUGCUGAUUGAGCUAUAUUCCACUGGACUCCUGACCUUCGUGCACUGCUGAGGAUGAGUGAGUAUUAGUACUCACACUGAGCUGUGGAGUAGGAACUAGUGUUCAGUGGAGCAUGAAGCAAUUUGUGCCUAAUUUGUCAGUGAUGUCAUUAGGUGCUACAUAAUAGGCUGCAUAUUCAUGAAUAUUGAGUUAAGACGGCAAAAUAGAUGCCUUCACUAGAUGAUUGAUGUACGUUAAAGAAGAGCAGCAAACAGUAAUAUGUAGGAAGGUCUCUCUUAAUGGGUUAGUGUUGUCCUGUCAUAGUUAAGUUGCCAAAUGUAUUUGGCUGUACAUUUGUCAGAGCCAAAAUGAACAAUUAUCUGAGUUUGUUUAUUUUGUAAAUUGUAUUACUUGUUAGAACAGAAAAUAUGUAUCCCUCUUCCCUUUCUUAUACAGACCAUCCCCGGUACAUUAGUUUCUUUUAGCAGCAUGAGCUAUUGCCUUUAACAGCGUUUUUUGCUCAAUGUUACUUACUUAUGAACAUAGACUAUUUUUUUUUUUUUUUGCCUUUUGUAUUUUGAUGUUUUGGGGUCUAUGUAUCAACACAGCUAAUAAUGUAUUGAUACAAAGAAAAAAGACUAAGGCGCUUGGGUUAAUAAUAAUUGAAAAAUCAAACUUUACAAUAAAUAUGGCGCAUUCCUUGGACUAUACCUGUUUGAUUGGCAGGUGUCACAUCACCAUCCAAAGUGUAGUGAGUUGGAAUAAGCAAGAACUGAAAUAAAGGUGAAGGUAACUGCAUGCACCAAUAAAUAAAUAAAGCAUUCUUAUCUAAAAUGCACAUACUUUAAAUAAAGUAUGUUCAGUAGCCUGAAGCUGUGAUCGGAUGUGUCCCUGAGAAUGUUCAGAGGUUGAAACUUGUAGGAACAUAUAUUCUGAGUCUCUAUGUCAUAUCAUUCCACCACAUCCCCCAUCCCCUUUGAGGAACACCAGGGUAAGAACAGUGUGAGAACAUGUACACUAAGGGGCUCAUUCAGAGAUGGGAGCAAAGCAACAAAACCUUUUAAAACACAUCUUUGCUAAGAGUGCUGCUUGGUGUGGCGUAGCAUGUGAAUGCUUCUGUGAAUGUCACGAAGAAAAACUCCUGUGAAACUAGCUAAUGGGAGUCUGGGCACAGGCUUGUAGAGGAAGGAGAAGUGAAGUGGAGUCCUGUGCCAAUCCCUGGGGUAAGGCAGUCAGCACAUAUAUUACAUUCAACAAUACAUGGAUGUUUAUAUGUGUUAUCCAACCCCCAACCCCCCCUUCCCCCAUGCAAUGUGUGAUCGCGCAGCAGCCGCCAAUGAUGGUAUGUCUGGAUGUAGUUAUCUGAUACUACACUAUCUUUUACUGCAUUCUAUGUUCCUUUACUGAAGGAUAUUAUAUGUUAGAAUCCAUCUACCAAAGAGAAGCACACCGUUGUUUUUCCUUAAUGUAUUGUUAUUAUUAGGGUGCCUUCACUUUUCUUUCAGUUAUUACUUAUUCCAAAUUAAUAUGCAUUGGAUGGUUCCCCUUUUUAGUAUCACUUUCAUUUUCUACAGUUAAAUAAUAUGUUUAAAGCACGGUUUCUCACGCACAGCUUUGAGGGGCUGUGGAUCAUUGGUUCUACCCUAAGUAGGUCGACCACUAUUGGUCGACAUGCACUAGGUCGAGACAGGAAAAAUCCCAACAUGAGUUUUUAAACUUUUUUUGGGGUCGCUUAUUCAGCGGAACCCCAAUGCAUGUCGACCAAUAGUGGUCAACCUAUUGACUGUCGACCUAACGACCGGAUACCAAUUUGAGGUACCUGAGAAACCAUUUUGUUUGUUCUUACAUUGUUAUUGCACAUGGAGAUAUUAAAAGCAUUAGUAGUUAAUGUUAGUUUUGAUCUCGUUACAUUAAACUUAUUUUGUUUUUAAGUUUAUCAGUAGGCUGUAGUCUAUGUUGUUUGAAUUUUUCUUUCACACUGGAAAACCAGUAUGUAUUAUAUUGUAAAAUGAAUGAGUGACAGCACUUUAAAUGACAUAUGUUUUUAAGUUUAUUUUUCCUAAGUCAAGUGAAAGAGUUGGUGUUCUUAAGUAGGAAAGACAUUUGUAAAUAUUUGGUUAAUCGCAAUUCUAAGUAUUAACCUCUGAAAAAUGCAGAUUUACCCAUCUUUUUUCCCAUACAAAGUGGGUGUGAAACUUAUGCCGGGCAUACAUGCACAGAUAAAAUGAUGUUAAUGAACAGAUAAAAUACCUGUCAGACCGAUAGGCAUUUUAUCUGACAGCCUCGGAUGCUGCAGAUAUCAGGGGCAUACAUUUUGAGAUCUUUCACAGUGUAUAUAGUCAUGAUAUCGGCGCUCUGACCCCAAGGAGGAGACAUUUUCCCGUUCCUUCCCAUGUGACAGAGGAAAUGUCCGCUGGCUGGCCAUGGUAGGACAUACACUGCCUGAUACGGCCAACUCUCCACUUACAAAUAUCGAUUCGGCAGACGUGCUGGAUAUUACCCGAUUGGUCUCCCGCAUACACGCUGCAAUUAUCUGGCCAAUCAGUCAGUAUCGGGCAGAUCAGACAGAUUAUCAUAGUGUGUAUGCCCUGCAUUACCCACGCCAUAAAGAACAAGGAUUUCAUACAUAAAGGCUUAUUUAAUAAAAUGGGGCAAUUAGAGAACAUGUGUUCUUACUCAUAGUGACCAAUCAGAAAUUACUUUUAUUAGAGUGAUUACACUUGACUGCUAUAAGCUUACAUCUGAUUGGUUACAAUGGGUUACUACACGUCACGUCAUUGUUCAAUAGUGCACGCCAGUUGGCCCCUAAUAAACAAUGAGCAACUGACAUGCACUUUAGCACAAUUUGAUACCUCACAACCUUCGCACAAUUCAACUGAAUUUUCAACCAGUCACCCUGUAAAAGAUAGGCUGGUCAAACAUAGUCUGGACAAAUGUGAUAUAUUUCCCUCCAUAUUGUUUUGAUACAUAGACUCAAUAAUUUUUAAACAGAUUCAUUGUUUUUAUAGUAAGAUUUUUGUCUCUCUUGAGCCCUGUAAAGUUUAAAUGUCUUUGUUUAGUUUUUUUAAAUUGUGUUUCUUAUCAGUUACAAUACGGGUGCCUACAAAAUAAAAGCAUAUAUAGGUAAAGGUGAACAUAACAGUUUAUAUGCAAAUUGAAAUUACUCACAUUUGCCUGUGUAUGUAAACUAAAUGUUUUGUGUGAUUAAAUAACUAUUGCAAAAGUC